AUGUCAUGUACUAAACCUGGAAACAACAUUGUUAAACGAGCAGCGCUUUGCUUCGCCGGACAGUUCCACUUCACUGUUCAACUCCGAACCGGCGGCCCACCGGGUUGUCAAAGUAGCUCCAGCGGGAGCUUUGGGGAAUUGUGCCGUGGACGUGUAUCCACGCACCUGCUUCAAAUUCGUUGGGACUUCAAUAUUCGAUGA